CAUGCGAUUGUUCUGCAAGCCACAGGGAGAUGGCAAGGCAUGGAGCCGAAAUGGAGCACGUUCUCCCUCAACAUCGGUUCGAAUCCUUCACAGACAUUCGACUUUCUUCCUUCCAUCUCCAGCUCGCAAAUAUGGCUACCGGAUCCCAAUCUGAUUUGUCCCAAAUCGAACGAAAGCGUUAAACAUAGAUGUCUCGAAAGUCGAGGCAUUCCCCUUGGAACUUCCUCGCUUGAUCGGUCUUCAACAUGGCUUUCGCAAGGAACUUAUCACUUCCUUCAGCAUCCUUUACUGUUCUCAUACAUGACUGGAGACUUUGGCCAAGAUACCGUCGCGCUUACCACAACUUCGACUUCAGCACAAGCCGUAGCGGAGAACCAGCUCGUAGCUCAAUAUGGUCUUGAGGAUUACUGGAUCGGGCUUGCAGGAUUGACGUAUCGAAGCACGCCGUUAGGAAAUGGUUCUACUUCCAGCUUACUCACUUCUUUGAAAGAAAACGGCACAAUUCCCAGUCUUUCUUUCGGCUACACGGCAGGAUCAGUUUAUGGUAAGGUAUACGAUAACUUCGGCGCCCUCACCUUAGGAGGAUACGACGCCUCUCGUCGUUCUCCGCAACCUACUGAGAACCUGGAAGUCUCGAUGGACCGCACUAAAAACGAGCUGAAGGUCGAGCUUCUCGACAUUAGCGUGUCGAACGGCAGCACUGGAGGUCAAAGAACACUUCUCCCCAUCGGCAAAACUUACUCAAUGUUUCUGGAUACUUCUGUUUCAGAGUUCUGGUUUCCAAGCGAAGUAUGCGACUUGUUCCAAGGCUCCUUCAACCUAACCGAAGACCUUGAGACAGGGCUGUUCGGAAUUGAUCACACUUCAAGGCAGGCGAUGUUCGAUAACAAUACCUCGCUGAGUCUCGUUCUGGGAGGCUCGAGUGAUGCGACGACGAAGCUGAAGAUUGAUCUUGGCUGUGAGGCUUUUGGGAACUUCUCAUAUUUUCCUAUCAGGAGAGCUGUCGACGAAUCGAAAUUUGUGCUUGGACGCGUGUUCUUUCAAGAGACUUACAUUACUGUUGAUUGGACUUGGAAGAAUUUCACUCUGAGUAAGGCGCAACCACGCGUGCGAGGCAUUGCACCUAAUCCGCAGGAUAUUAGUACUCCUGAGAUAGCUCCACCCGCUCCUCCUCGACUGAGCAGUGGAGACAAGGCUGGCAUCGCCAUCGGUUGUCUGAUGAUCGUCAGCCUUACUUUGGGGCUUUUGUGGUGGGUUCGUCGUCGAAGG